AUAAAACUCAAUGAAUUAUGUUUUAUGAACUAAAAUUUAUAUGGAAAGGCUUCACGCAUUCAGUAUUUACGGUCAUACUUACUUUGUUCUGUCUUUCUAUGUAGCCAUUUUCAACGCGAAAACGCGUUAAAUGAAAAACGCGUCGCGUAAAACUAUAUAAAGGUUCAUUUGCAACGCGUCCUUUGCCCAAAACCAUGUUUUACGAUCAAUACAUUCUUACAAAAGAGAAAGGGUGCAUUGGAGUUGUUUGGCUUGCAGCAACCCUUGGCUCAAAACACUCUUUAAAACGACUUCAAAAACGCGAUAUAAACUCUGUAAAUAUAGACAAAGCAUGCAAAUUCGUUGCAUUUUCUUCACAACCUCUUGCUCUUCGGCUUAGCAGCAAUUUAAUGAUUGGCGUUACGCGUGUCUGGGCUCAUCAAUACGGAUUCUUCUAUCAUCAAGUUUCCUCUUUACAUCACAGAAUUCGUCGCGAAGUCGACAACGUAAAAGCGGCACCCAAAAAGACAAUUGAUGCCAAACAAAAUAAGGCUACCUCCGCACAACUUUUACUGCCGGAGGAUCCCUCGUUCAUACCCGAGCUUGCCAUGGCUAAUAUAAACCAGUCUUUUUCGCUUGAAGACUGCUCAAAACUUCUUAAUCCGGAUUCACCUAAGGACCUUCCAAUUUCGAAUCAAACGCUACUAGCAGAUUCUUCUUUUCUUGAAAUAAAUGACUCGUCACAUCAAUUGCUUCCUCAAGAACAAGUUCAACUUGAUCAAAGCUUUAUGAAUGGUUUUCUGGAAGAGGAACCACUGGAUCUGGACUUGGAUUUGCAAACAGAAGCUCCAUCCAAAGCGGACCGAGAAUCAACUCCUCAAUUGACUUCGCCAAAUACGCGGUCGGAAACGGAACUAUCCCUAAAAAGUGAUUUACAACUGCCAGAAGAUGAUGUGCAUGUCAAUCUAAUGCAAAUUAAUGAUGAGGACCUACAGCCCUUACCCGUUCCUGUUCAAGUGGAGGACGAACAAGUGAUAAACAAAGCAAAAUCUAUACCAGCCCGAAAACGUAGACGCCUGCCGGUCAUGCGUCCAGAUGACUAUACUGAAAUCCCACAAAGGACGUUAAUGGAAUGGCGCAAUUCUUAUGUGGAACGCAUGAAAGAAGCGUCAAAGAAAAAAUGGGAGCGCCAACGCAGACGGCUGCAUGAUGAUGAACAAGAUAAUCACUUAUUUACGUUUGACUGGGCAAGUAUUCAUCCGCGUCUUAGUGGUUUUCUCCAAAGGGCGUUGGGUAAUGCAGAAACUCAGGAAGCAAAAACUUCACCCCUUGGCUCUCCAGAACAGGCACGCAAACAAAUGUCUGAUACAAUUUCGGAUAUUGAACUCGGCAGAGAUGCGCCACUCCAUGGUUCAGAUCUGGGCAUGCCAUGGAACCUUUCAUCACGCUCUAAUAGCGUCGUUCGAUCCCACAGCAGAAAUCACACACUAACAAGCUCGGAUUUAAUAUCGACACCGCUCUUGGACGCACAUUUUCCUAAGCAUGCAACAUCAAGUCCGGCGUUGAGUACAAAGUAUGACUUUGCGCUACCUUCUCUGCAAUCUGUGAACGAUGAGGACCAAGAAUUGGAUGGACACUUAACCACUUUGUUAGAUGAAGGGCUUGAAUUAAACAUAAACACUAGUGAUGCGGCUGAUAUGUCCACAUUUAGUUCUCAAAACGUCGAACAUGAAACACUGAACUUUUAUGAAUUUGCGAAAACCGCUAUACUUGAAAGCUCUGGCGAAAUUGCCUUUAAUGACCUUAUUCCACUUAAUUCAAACAGACUCGUCGCCGUGCAAGCAAUGAGCUACACUCUUUCCUUAAUUACAAAAAACGCUUUACAGGUUAAACAAGAGGCACCAUUUGCCUCGAUUAAACUCUCACUUCCCUCCGAAAAUAGCAUUUACAUUUAAUACUUUUGUUUAUGGAAUAGACGAUGUCGUUACCUUCUUUCUGACUGUGCCCUUAAACUUACCGAACCUGGAAAACAUUGAGGAAUCACAAUAUCUACAUACUUCAUUUUUUAAGCAAGUCGUGUUUUACAAUUUGUUACAUUUUGUUUCUGUACAUAUUUGCUAUUUAGUCAAACUUAAUGAACUCGAAAAUAUUGCCUUAUUACGAAAGAUCUAACUUAGUAAUCAUUCUUCUUCUUAUUGGUGA